AUGAUUUUCAGGCUACAACUCGCCUAUCGUACCCGAUACCGAGAACAAAACUUGAAUCCGAAGUGGAAGCCAUUUGAGGUGCACAUUGAUCAGUUAUGCUAUGGCGAUAAGAAUCGACCCUUCCUGAUCGAGUGCUACGACUGGGACCAGGAUGGAAACCACGAUCUCGUCGGGUCUUGCACAACGACGGUGAAUCGGUUGACUUCUGGGGACGAUGUGUCGUUAUCGCUAAUCCACGAAAAGAAGGCCCGAAAAAGCCGAAAAUACGUCGACUCGGGGCAGCUGCACUUUCACAAAGUCUACUGCUGGCUCGACUUCACGUUUUUGGAUUUUGUUCAGGGCGGUACGGAACUCGACUUCACCGUCGCGAUCGAUUUCUCCCUGUCGAAUCUCCCAUUAAAUGACCCAUCCUCGCUCCAUCGGAUAGGUCCCGGCACGGCCAACCAGUACGAGACAGCGAUACGAGCUAUCGGAGAGAUCUGCCAGUUCUACAACGCGAGCAAAGUUUUCAACGGGUUCGGCUUUGGGGCUAAGCUCCCGAAAUCCGAUCAGACGCUGUACAACUUUCCAUUGAAUAUCGAGACCGGCGAGCCACGAUGUGAUGGUGUCGAUGGCUUGGUAAAGAGCUACCGCUCGGCAUUACGACAUGUAAUUCUGUCCGGCCCUGCUGAUUUUGCGCCCACGAUAAGGUUCGCAGCCCAAAGAGCAGCAUCCCUACCCGCAAAUGGCAGCAAAUACUCCGUUUUGCUCAUACUAACAAACGGGAUCAUUGCUGAUAUGGAGCGGACAAAGGAGCAGGUCGUUAAGGCCUCCUCCCUCCCACUCUCCGUAAUCAUCGUCGGCGUCGGCUACGAUUCUUUUGACGAGAUGAAAGUCCUGGACUCCGACAACCAGCUCCUCUCCUGGCAUGGCCGCUUUGCAAAACGGGACAUUGUUCAGUUUGUCCAAAUGCGGAACUUCUUGCCCCCUCAUCGACAUCUUAACGAAGAAGAGCUAACGGAUGCAAGGGAGAAUUUGGCAAAAGAGGUACUGCAAGAAAUCCCGAUCCAACUGACCAGCUACAUGAAGUCGCGCGGAAUCUACCCCCUCAGCUACCGUAACGGAGCUUCUGAAUUUACCCCUCAGCCACGAAGCACUGAUUCUUCUGCUACAUCGUCGCCCAUGAUCUCGCCAAGACAUACAACUGCUGAACGUCGCAUCUCCCCUCUAGCGCGACUUGGCUCGGCUCAACCAACCGGAAGACCGAUGAGCUAUACCGAUACUCCCCCGCUAUCCGCUCCACCACUCUCCAACCAGCGCUUUGGCAGCCCGUCCCGCGUUCGCCGACGACUACCGCAAAUCCCCGGCGAGCAGCUCAACCAGAUGCAUAUUUAC